AUGAUCCGAGCCAUUCUCACAACUUUCCUUCUCCUCGUACCAUUCUAUUGCAUCUAUAAGCCUCCAAGUCUACUCCUUCGCUACUGUCAACGUCGCUGGCCCGAAGUGCUCUUCCACGUGGACACGAACAAAAAGGUCGUUGCAUUGACCAUUGAUGACGCCCCCUCCAUACACACACCUGCAAUUCUUCGUUGUCUACAAUUACACGAUGCCACUGCGACCUUCUUCUUGAUAGGAUCCCAGAUCCCAGGUCAUGAAUCUAUCCUGGUGGAUCUGGUCCGAGCGGGCAACGAACUCGCCAACCACGCCAUGUAUGAUGAGCCAUCGCGUGCACUCACCGACGUCGUCUUGGCGGAUCAGAUCCGAGCAGUGCAUGCCAGAGUCCAGGAAGCGUAUGUUGCUGCUGGGAAUCGACCACAUCCGGAGAAUUGGCUCUUUCGCCCUGGUUCGGGGUUCUUCAGUUCCCGGAUGUCGAGUCUGGUAAAGGAGCUGGGUUAUCGGUUGGUGCUCGGUGACGUGUAUCCACAUGAUCCCCAGGUGCCCUUUUGGAGGUUGAAUGCAAGUCAUGUUCUGAGUAUGGCCAAGCCAGGGAGUGUGAUCAUCUGUCAUGAUCGGAGAGAGUGGACGGUGCCUAUGCUACAGAAGGUACUGCCGGAGCUGAGCCACAGAGGGUACCGUGUUGUUACAGUCUCCGAUCUAUUGAAGGAGAACGAUUCGAAUUGA